CUUGUGGAGUAUAUCAAGCUUUUUAUUUCUCAGUCUGCGGUACUACGAAAUAAAGAUAGUUGCCACGCCGAGCUUGAUCAAAUUCUUGCAUUUGUAGGAAUGCAGUAGCUCGCUCCCCCACUGAGGAGCUUCCCAAGAAGAAACUCCAUUCUAUUGCAAAACAGAAUUGCGUAUAUCCAUCGGUUGAAGAACAGUCACCCCCCAGAGCCUGUGAAAAUGGCUUCACGAGCAACGAGGCUUUUCAUAACACCCACCAGAUUUACGAGUGCACGAAAAUCUAGGGUUAUCUUCCGGAGGGGAAAGAGUACCUCGGCAUUACCAAAGCCGGCAACAUCGCCAUGGCCUCCUGCUCGAGCUGGAUUCCUGGCUAUAGCCAUUGGGGGGGCUGGAUUUGCGGCUGGUAUUACAUACAAUAAAUCCAGCGGCCAAGAUAUCAACUAUUCUCGAGCCUCCAAAUUUCCGGCUCCAAAUUAUGGGAGUGUCAAAGAUAUGCAAGCAGUAAGGGUCAAAAAGACGCUCGAAAAUUUGUUCGCUAAGUCCGGCCAGGCUAUCAAGGAGAUUCGUUCAGUUCUUGGGGAUGAGAGUCUCAGUACAGACGACGAGGAUCUCAAGUUACAUGGCUACUCAGAAUGGUCCCCAUCAAAUAUCGAUACUCUCCCCAUUGCCGUUGUUUACCCAAAAUCUACCGAAGAAGUGUCUCGUAUCAUGAAGACAUGCCACAAGUGGAAAGUCCCAAUCAUAGGAUAUUCCGGUGGCAGCAGUCUGGAAGGCAACUACUCCGCUCCCCAUGGAGGGUUCAGUGUUGAUUUCAUGCAUAUGGACAAAAUCGUGGAGUUUCACGAAGAGGAUCUAGAUAUUGUCGUGCAACCAUCGUGCGGAUGGGUGGAUCUGAACACCAAGAUCGCUGACAGGGGGUUGUUCUUUCCCGUUGAUCCAAGUCCUAGUGCCAAGUUUGGAGGAAUGGUAGGGACAAACUGCUCUGGCACAAAUGCUGUCAGAUAUGGCACGAUGAAGGACUGGGUACUGAACAUGACGGUUGUUCUGGCUGAUGGAACGAUCAUCAAAACAAGGAAUCGCCCUCGGAAAUCCGCGGCUGGGUACAAUUUGAACGGUAUUUUUGUUGGCUCUGAGGGGACACUUGGCCUAAUUACCGAGAUCACCUUGAAGCUGGCAGUUAUACCCAAAGAGUUUAGUGUAGCCUCUGCGACAUUCCCCACCAUCCGCGACGCUGCCAACACAGCCUCUGCUGUGGUACGUGCAGGAGUCCCAGUGGCUGCUCUGGAAUUCCUAGACGAGGUCCAGAUGGGAGUGCUGAACAGAGGCGAAUAUACUGCGCCGAUUGUCUUUGAAGAAAAGCCAACUUUGUUCUUCAAGUUUUCGGGAACGAAGGCUAGUGUUGCAGAUAAUAUUAAGGAAGUCGAGGCAAUAUCAAAAUCACAUCAUGGAGCGGCAUUCCGAUUUGCAAGGGACAAUAAAGAGCAAGAUCUUUUGUGGUCAGCGAGGAAACAAGCGUUGUGGAGUUUACUUGCCUCUAGGCCUGAAGGCACUGAGUUAUGGACGACCGAUGUUGCGGUACCAUAUUCAAAAUUGGCUACGAUGAUUGAGACCUCAACAAAGGGUCUGAAGGAUCUCGGCCUGUUCUCAUCAAUUGUUGGCCAUCUGGGCGAUGGCAAUUUCCACGAAGCGAUAAUGUACCACAAGACAGAUCCCGUGGAAUCGGCUGCAGUUGAGAAACAUGUCAAGACCAUGAUAACACGUGCCUUGGAAAUGGAUGGAACAUCAACAGGCGAGCAUUCGAUUGGAUUCUUCAAGAAGCAUGAGCUCCUCCAGGAAGUAGGGCCAGAAAUCGUGGCAGUUAUGAAGAGCAUUAAGCAGGCGUUGGAUCCUUACUGGUUGUUGAAUCCGGGAAAGAUUUUCGAUACACCAAGUUGAGGUCGAUAGAUUACUAUCUGAAGAGGUGCUAGGCCAAAAAGGAGCUUUAUCCUCGUACAGGCAGUCGUGGAUAUUCUGCGUCCUCUUCUUGAAUUAUCCAAAAUUUCCACUUCUCUUUGGACGAGAACUCGUCUACCAUUUCUUUGGAAUAUUUCAUGAGCAUCGCUGAAGCCUGACAUAGAGUUUCAAUUUUUGUAUUGGGCAUGAAUAACAAUUUUACCGAGCGAC